CUCCCUUCUUGCCUGUCCCUUCAUAUAACCCCGGCUGCCUCCAGCCGGUCUUUGCCCAUUUGACUUGCUGGCCCUGAGCACACAAAGGUGCAGCGACUCUCUGAGAAUGAGUCUUUUCUGCUCUGAGACAGUGGGGCUCUGCCUGGCUGUCACCGUAGUGCUGGGAGGAGCAGUUCUUUGCAAACUGAAGAGCCCAGGGCAGGAGGGGAGAAAGGUGGUCUGCUUGGUGGGCCUGUGGGGAGGGGCUUGCCUGCUCAGCCUGUCCCUCUUCUGGGGCUUGCUUCUCUUCUCCCUGUCAUGUUGCCUCAUGUAUGCUUACUUAUCCGGCCAAGAGCUGUUACCUGUGGAUCAAAAGGCGGUGCUGAUCACAGGUAGCGAUUCUGGGAUUGGCCAUGCUUUGUCUAAGCAUCUGGAUGAGCUGGGCUUCACAGUAUUUGCCGGAGUUCUGGAUGCAAAGGGAUCAGGAGCGGAGGAAUUACGAAGAAGCUGCUCCAAGCGCCUGUCUGUGCUCCAGUUGGACAUCACUGACCCGCAGCAGAUCAAAGACGCCUACAGCAAAGUCCUGGAGAAGGUGCAGAACAAAGGACUGUGGGCUGUGGUCAACAAUGCUGGGAUCAUUUGCUUCCCAGCCGAGGGGGAGCUCAUCCCCAUGACCCACUACAAACGAUGCAUGGCUGUGAACUUCUUUGGGGCAGUGGAAGUCACGAAGGCAUUUUUGCCUCUUCUUAGGAGAUCCAAAGGGAGGCUCGUGAGCAUCAGCAGCAUGGCAGCAGGGGUCCCACUGGAAAAGCUGGCAGCUUAUGGGUCAUCCAAGGCGGCUCUGACCAUGUUUUCGGCAGUCAUGAGACGAGAACUUUCCAAAUGGGGAAUUAAAGUCUCUGUCAUCCAGCCCGGAGGCUUCCAAACAAAUAUCACAGGCACGAGUGAAAUGCAGGACAAGCUGGAGAAGAACCUCUUGGACCACCUCACCCCGGACGUGCAGGAAGACUACGGCCAGGACUAUAUCCUCGCAGAACGGAAUUUUCUCAGUGUAUUGAACAUGAAGUCUCAUCCAGAUGUCUCCCCGGUGCUCCGGGACAUCCGGCACGCCAUCUCCGCUAAAAGCCCCUUCGCCUUUUACGCACCGGGGAAGGAGUCUUAUCUGUUCCUCUGUUUUGUUUCCUUUGUCCCUACUUGCAUAUUUGAUCUUUUUCUCAAGAACGAUGGACAGAGCAUGCCCAGAGCUCUAAGGAUGCCUAACUGGAAGAAUAAGGCCAUGUAGACAAAUAAGCGCCAAGUGUUAUAGACGAGGGAAACCCGAGCUUCCCAUUAAAGUUGUGGUUUCUACCUUCA